UAUAUUAUAUAUUAUAGAGCAUGCGGAAUAGUGCCAAUAGCAACGUCCCUUAAUUCUAGUCUUCUUGUAUAAUCUUGUUUUCUAUUUAUCUACAAUUGUUUACAAUUUACAUAUACCUAUAUGUAAUAAUAGUGCAUUUUUUUUUAAACAAUUGUUUUGCUUUGUUGCUAUGUGGCUUCUUUAAUUAUUUAUAUUUUUGGUUGGUUGAUUUCUAACAACAAAUGUUAUGAUUCGAAAACUCAUCAGCAUCUAAAACCUGAUAUUCGAACGUAAAUGUAGUUAUGAAUUUGACAGUUGCUAAUGUUUGGAGUGUUCAAAGAGAAUGGAAACAGAGGCUUCUAUCAUUAUCGAAAGACUCAAAAUAUUAAAAAAAUGGCAAACAAGCCGACAAGAACUACUCUUACAACAACAAAAAGAACAAAGAGAAUCUUUAAGUAAGGCCUAUGAACGUACAUUCGAAGAUAUACGACUAUCAAUUGAAAAUAAUGAAAGUGUUAAUGACGAAGUGUUGACUGAAAGACAUCUCUCAUUAAAUUCCGAUGUCAAUAAUAAUUCAUUGGGUUCAUCGCUUUCUAAUGAUAAUAAAUCCGUUAUCGAAAUAUCAAAUUUAAAUGAUACCAACAACGAAUUAGACUUUCAAUUAAGUGCUCCACAAGUGUUUCUACGAACUGUUAGCGAUAAAACUGACGAUUCACCCAAUGAAAUUCAAUGUGAUAUUUAUCAUUUACCUACCCUAAAAUAUCAGUCAACGAAUGAACCAGAAACAAUGUUUUUAAAUGAAAGUAAAGAUACAUUAAUUAAUCCAUCAAAUAAUAAAAUUUUAAUUAUCGAUGAUAUUCCUCUUCCAUCGCUAAAUAAAGAUUUCAAAACUUUGCUUGAUGAAAAAUUAAAAGUUAGUGAACCUUCUGAGACGAAUAAAGUGGUUUCGAACAAAACAAAUCAAGUUAAACAGCCUUUUCUACGAAAAGGUCAAGGCUUAGCAAGAUUUCGAUCAAAUGGAAUAAAUAAAAUAAGUAAAAAUAAAAACAAUAAUAAUAAUUCAAUCAAAUCAAAAUGUAAUUAUUUACCAAAUAGCCAAAAUGUAGAAACCCAAAUAUCCUAUGUUAAUGGAAAUAAAAAUAAGAAAAUAUCUAACUCAUCUUCAUUGGACAGUAAACCAGAUUUAAAUAUUCCUCAAUUAAAAUAUAAUGCUGAUGUUUCAAAUGAUAAAACCGGUCGUACACCACAAUCAAAUUAUAAUAAUGUUAAUAUUUCUAGAAGUGAUGAUUCACGUCAAUCUGACAUGGAUUCGUCAAGACUAGAAACUCGAGAAUUUGAAAUGCUAGAAGAAAAAGUUGAAAAUUCAAGUUUUGGUUCUACAUCAAGUACAUAUAUAGCAUUCAUGCAAUCAACACCAUUAAAAACGAAAAAUUUAAAGAAACAAUUAUCGUCUCAUCAUGUUGUUAUGAGUUCAUCGAUAGAUGAAGAUUGUAUGGAUGCUGGUAUUUUGAAUCAAUCAACACCAAAAAUUAAAAUAUCACAUUCAAAAAGAAAAAAAAAUUCAUUACAAAAUGAUUAUUUAUUAUCUCAAUUGGGUUCAUGUUCUUUUUUGUCAAAUGAAAUGAAUGAAAAUGGAACAAUAUUAAGAGAUAUACAUGAUGGUAUAAAAACAAUGGUUGAACAAAAAGCAAAUCAUAGACAAGCCAAUGAAUUAGAAACUAGCAUGCAUGUAAGAUUUGCUGAACACAAUGAUUACAAAACAAUUAGAUUAAAUGAUACUUCCAUACUUUCAAAUGAUUAUGAAACAAGUCAGAUGAGUUAUAACGAUUCCUCCAGUGAUCAGUCAGAUAGCUCACAAUGCUCACAGUUGCUUGCAAAAUCUUUGAUUGAAAAUUCAAACAAUAAUAGUUUUCAUAAUUAUGUUGAUGAAUUAUCUGAUCAUACAACUGACGAUGAGAAUUCAACUUUGAAUAAUUCAUUCAGAACAAAUUAUUAUCAAAUUAGUUCAAUUAAAGAUGUACAAAAUCCUCAAAAAAAUAUUUAUGAUAUUACACAGUAUUCGAAACAGAUUGAUGACAAUGAAAUAGAUAACAAAUAUCAAUUUAAAAAAUCAGAUGAUGAAAUUAAUGAAAUCGUAUUUAAAUCAGAUCUUUUAAAAAGUAGAUUAUUAGAACUUGAACAUGAAAUUAAUAUAUUUAGAAAAGAAAAUGCAUCAUUGUCAAUACAACGUCAAAAAUGGUAUGAUGAACGAAUAAAAACUGAGCGUGAGUUUAAGCUAAAAGAAAAACAGUUCAUACAAAAAAAAAUUGAAUUGGAAGAACAAAUUCAAGAUGAAAAAAAACGUCUUAUGCGUGAAAAAGUUGCUCUUGAAAAUCGAAUUCGUGAUGCUAAAGAAAGAUGUCAACUAAUAAAACAUGAGCAUGAAGAAAAUCAAUUAUUAAAAAAACAAUUUGAAGAAUUGAAAAAUGAAUUUGAUGAAAAAGAACGACGAUGGAAGGUAUCUCAAGGUCAACAACGAUCACAAUUACGAGUACUGCAAAUGGAAAAUUUAAAUUUAAAACAAGAACUACAAAUAUUACAAGAUGUAAAACGAUGUAAUGGUAAAUCAAAAAAAUAUAAUAUUCCUACUAAUACUAAAGCUAUUCAUCAAAUUAAUAAAUUACUCGAUGGAAAGACAUCAUCGAGUCCAAAUAAAGAUAUAUUAGAAAAAAAACAUGAAUCAAAAGAAACGAAAAAAAAUCAAUCUGAUAUCAACUUACCAUCAAAUAUUAAUUAUGAUGCUGUAAUUGAUAAUAAUAACGAAAAAAUUAUCAUAUAUGAACAUUUAGAAAAUUAUAAACACAAAAAUACAAGAGAUCUGGAUGAAGAAGAAUUUCAGGCUAAUACAGAAAAAAUUAACCAUGUAGUUGAUGAUUUUACAGAUGAUGAUAUUAAAAAUAUACAAAAUUCUAUGCCAGAAAGUGAGACUAACGAGAUAAAUACACAUUUUUCAGACGCUAAAACUAUGAAAGAAAGUAUUAUAAAUAAAAAAAUGCCACAUAUGUUAGAUUCAAUUAGUAGUAAAGAUUGCAACAGUGAAGUAAAAUCUUGGCAACAAAAAUCAAGAUCAAUUGAAAACCUAGAUCGUCAAUCACCAUCUCAUGGUACUUAUCAGCAAUUUGUUCGUAAAGUUAUUAAUUCACAAAAUGACGCUACAGAAAUAGUUAAUAAUACGGAAAAUCAUUUUCCACUGAUAAACUUAACAAAAAAUCAUCACGAAGAAUUAAUGAAACCUUUAGCACCUAUGAUAAAUCAUAAAACAUAUACUACUGUCAAUUCACAAUCUUCACCAGUACAUUAUGAUCACGAAAAUUAUAGAGCUUUGAAUAAAAUUGAUCAACAUUUUACAUUACAAACCGAUAAAUUAACAGUUAAUCAACAAAAUUAUGUUGACUCAGAUUACAAUCCUCGAAAAGAAAUAAAACCAUUACCACGACCUUCUGAGGAUAUGACACCUAGACCAGAUCCCGUUCAAGUGAGUCAUUUAUCAUACAUGUUGAGUCCAGGCAAAUCUGAAUUAAAUCAUUUCAACCCACAAGAUGUUCGUAUUGUUGAGCAUCCUGAUCAUAUCAACUACUGGUAUCCUAAUGGUAGUUUAAAAAAAGUUUAUCCGGAUAAAAAUAUAAUAAAGUUAAUUUAUAAUAAUGGUGACGUACGAGAAACACUUGCAGAUGGUUGUGUUAAAUAUUAUUAUGCUGCUUCAAACACAUGGCAUAUUACAUAUCUAAAUGGCUUUGAAUUUAUAGAAUUUUCAAAUGGGCAACAAGAACGACGAGAUAUAGAUGGAACAGUUGAAGUAUCUUUUGCCGAUGGUUCAAAACGUUUAAUAAAACCAAAUGGUGAAGAAAAAUGGACUCUUGCUGAUAAAACUAUUGCUGAAACAUUCCCAAAUGGAGACAAAAUUCUUACAUUACCUAAUGGACAACGUGAAAUACAUACUAAAGACCACAAGCGACGAGAAUAUGCAGAUGGUACUGUCAAAUAUGUAUAUCCUGAUGGAUCACAAGAAACUCGUUAUUCAAGUGGAAGAGUUAGAAAAAAAGAUAAAGAUGGAAAUCUUAUAAUGGAUUCCUAUCAACCUCAACGUUGACAAUAUAAAUUUUCAUUAUUAAGUGUAUUACAAUAAAAUGAACAACACUUAUUUAGCC